AUAAUAUAAAAUAAAUGAAAACAAAAAAUACAUAAACCGAGAUCAAAGCUUCUGUGGCCGAGACCGAACCCACUCAAAACAAGACGAGGCGGGAGGACCACGAUGUUAUUCUAUUCCUUCUUCAAGUCCCUGAUUGGGAAAGAUGUUGUUGUAGAGCUGAAAAAUGACUUGAGUAUAUGCGGCACACUUCACUCUGUUGAUCAGUACCUCAAUAUCAAACUGACAGAUAUUAAUGUCACAGAUACUGAGAAAUAUCCACACAUGUUGUCAGUGAAAAAUUGCUUCAUCCGUGGCUCUGUGGUGCGUUAUGUACAGCUGCCUGUGGAUGAGGUGGACACACAGCUGCUGCAGGAUGCUGCCCGGCGAGAGGCACAGCAGCAACGCCAAUAACUAGCUCUUAAGUAUUAAAGUAAGAAAAUUACAUAAAUGCAGUAUAUUACUACUGUAAAGUACUUUGAUUUUUGUUUAACCAUUCCAAAGAGUAUGAAUCUGACACAAGUGAAUCUGACAGUAAACAUGAUGAAUGCUUAUUAGCAAGUCUGUCAGGUGACAGACAAUUCCUGAGUGAUUGGUGUUAUCCUUGUGUACUGUACUCUGAGACAAGAUUUUUUCUUUUUUAUCAGAAUCACUAGUUUUAGUCUCAGCAAAUGUUUAUUUCAAUGACAACCAAAAACCAUCAUUAUUACUGUGUCUGGCCAUCAUCUUCAUAGUGUUACAUCUGCAGCUAUCAGAGAGCUUUUUUACAAUCACACCCAAAAUCUUUACUCCAAAGGAGAAAAUUUGACAUACAAUUGUAAGUAAACGUAACUGCAGAAAAAAUUCCAUUCAUUGGAAUUUUAUUGCAUAAUUUAGUUGUCAACCAGUGCCUACAUUUCAUUUGGUUACCAACAAACCAACCAUCAGUUUUCACCUUUUGAAAAGAUCUUACAAAUGCAAACUUGUGAUGGAUGUACUUCACCAGCAGAACAUGUAAAGUCAAACUAAUCACACUUGGAACAGUCAUCAUUACCAGAAUCAUAAUGUAACAUUCUCACAUUAAGGAAAAAAUAAAUAUAUACAUGAUGCUUUCAUGUCCUUUAACAUGAAACUAGAAUCUGAACCCUCACCUACAAUAAUGCACAAAUAUUCAAGACAGCAUUAGAUGUCUAAUACAGCAGUGUGGGAGAUUUUUUCUUCUUCUGUAAGAGGGCCACUGGCCAAGGGCAAGAACAUUUUUUUCAAUAAAAAAAAAGCCCCACAUAAAGCCAGUUCCAAUAGAGAUUCCAAACAGAAAAACCAACUAAUAGAGGAUGUGUCUUGAAACCUCCCUCUUGAAAGAGUCCAAGUCAUAGGAAGGAGGAAAUACAGAAGCAGGCAGGGAGUUCCAGAGUUUAGCAGAGAAAGAGAUGAAUGAUUGAGAAAACUGGUUAACUCUUACAUUAGAGAGGAGUGUAGACAAGGCUUGCUUGCUUGUUCAGUACCCAGUGUAAUGUGGCUAUAAAUACAGCAUUUUGUAACAUAUGGGCCUGAUUGCUGGGUGUAGAAGGAUGGUCUAGAUGACUAGUAUAAAAAAUUAAUAGUA